AGGACCAUAAUCAUAUCUUCAGUGUGACACCAGCUUGUGAUCAAGAUGCCAAUCACAAAGUUGCCGGUGGUCCACAAGUUUGGCAUCAUCUCUCACAGCCAGCGGGAGCUGCAGGAAAGACUCCUCAAACAGUCCUACUUGGAGAGCAUCAAGAGCAGGAAGGCCAUUGCAUCUACAAGAAACCCACUGGAAAUAUCAGACGACUUCGUGCAGCUCUACAAUGCUACAAAGAGUAUCGAUGACAAAGAGAGACUGGAUGAAACAGCCAGGAAGAUUUUGGAGAGGGCAAAGCGUCGAGCAGGAGUAAAGGACCUAGGUGCAGGUCAACAUGUUAAUCUCCCAAUGGCAUGGACAGAAAUGGCACAACUUGCACAGUGCAAGGGACGGUUUCAAGAAGAAUGCCUGGAUAUCCUGAUCACGUCUCUGGACGUGUCCCCCCUGGAGAAGUACCACAUUCCCGCCCUCUUCUUCCUGGCUGAGACCAUGCUGUACUGGCUGCGGACGGAAGCCGUACAUCAACCUUUCCUCCGCACAGCCGAAAUCAAACUUCUCCGGAUGGGUCAGCUGGUGUUUACACGUCUCUUCUAUCACCACAUGGCCGGUCAGCUCCAGGGUCACACCGACUUCAAGAACAGACUCUUCACAUAUCUGGAUGGACUACAAGACUGUCAGGAAGCCUACAGCCCAUAUCCCAAUGCCCUGUUGUCAAUCCGGUACAUCAUAGAGGUGGGAAAGAUUGUCCUGGCCGACGCCAUCAUCGAGCCAGGGGAGGUGAAGGAGGGGGAUCGGAUGCCGCCCAGACACAACAUGGAUGAACUUAACUUGGCAACACGAGAGCUGUAUGAGAAGCGUAGCCGUGACGACAGCCACUCCAUGCAUAGUGCAGCCAUCAGCAGCAGCGUGCACGACCUGAGCCCCACCCUGUGGCAUGCCCUGGACGUGUGGCGCUGCACCAACCACCUGGGCGGGGGCUUCAACGAGGCGCUGAAGGCCCUGGCUCACUGCGGGCUGGGGCUGGCUGAUGAAAGCUGGAUUGAUGGGAUGAUGGCCCUGAACAUUCUAGCUGAGGCGGCUAAGUCCAACAUGACGGCCAUGAAGGUGCUGCAUCGCCUGGCCCAGGGGCUGCGACCGUCUGAUGGAACCCAGACUCCACCCCUCAGCUCUCGAUCAGUUGGCUCAGAAAUGAUGACAAUUUCUAGUGAAGAUGAAACAAAAUCAUCCAAGUCCAAAACAAGCACCAGCUCCAAACAGUCACUAAGUGACAUCUAUGAGCGCAGUGAAGAAGGUGAGAUUGAGAAGAAACGCAGCCAUUCUGACCAAUCACCUCACAGCACUGACAAGUCACAUGACAUGCCACCAGAUCCCCAAUCAACAAGCAGUCCUGCUACGGAACACCAACCCUCGAGGCCCGCCCUGAAGAACACGGCCGACAUGCGGCUUCAGUCUCGUGAGGUGUCCUUUGAUGAUGUGGUCAUCCACCGCACUGGCCAGGUCAGGGAGGAGAAGCUGCCCACAACCAGUUUCUCGAGUGGGUCAAAACUAACCCGAGACACACUGCGCAGCAAUCAGAGCUCCAUGGCGGCUACUGCAGGAACAGGGUGGCGAAGCGGAAGUAGGGUCCAACCUGCCAAGUGCCAGGAUGUCCGAUGCAGCUCGGUACCCACGUUCACCAAUCUGGCUAUGCCGGAGAUGGCAGGCCUCCAUGGUUGGCACUGGGAGGUCGCCACGACCUACACCGACGUGUUGGCUGAUAUCUGUAUCCAUGGCGCCAGUGCUAGCAUUCAACGUAUGGCAAUGGCUGGCGUCAACAAGGACCUUUUGGAGCCAAUGAGAAGAGGGUUCACCACAGUGCCGCUGCCUAGCGCAGGUCUCAUAGACCUGGUGUACUUCAAGCCUCUGCAUGAGGUCAGGGAUGGAGGCCCAAAUGACUGGAGCUGGAGGAUUCGGUACGGUGCCAUCCAGUCCUUGGUCAAGAUUUGCAGAUGUCUGGCCAAAGACCAGAACCGAGAAGGAAUCCGGAACGCUGCGUGGAACACUCUCAUCAAGGCACACUCUCAUGAGAAGGACGAUCGAGUCUUGGAGGCUCUGAAAGUGGGACAGGUCCACACAGACAUCGAGAGCAUCCUGAGCAAGCAGCUGCACGUCCAACCCUCCUCUAUAGGGAGCCGCAUUGCCCAUGGGCUGUCUGUCGUAUACCUACCUCCUCCCCCACCCGGGGAGCAAAGGCCACUGAAAAAGUCAGCCCCCAGGAAGAAGGUUCCCCUCAGACAUGAGAUAGGGCCUAAGAUAUCAUGCCAACCUUUGAGGACCUCUCUCAAAGAGGAGAUAAUGUUGGCUACUGCCUUGUACGAGCCUGCCGUCAAAUUCAACACCCGCACCACCUUUGACCUGCGGAGGAUCGUUGAGGAUCAGUGGCGGAAGGAACUCCAGACCCAACAAGAGGAGGAGGAGGUGGAACGUCAGAGACACCUUACAGAGCAGCAGGAGUUGGCCGAGCAACACCAGCGGCAGAAAGCAGACAGGAAGUUCCAGAAGCUUCACAAACAGGACGAGGUGUCCCCAAGCUCCUCCGACACUUCCCUCGCUUCACAGACCUAGAGGAGGGGUGGUGUAUAGGACGGUGCUGAUCCUGGGGGUCAGGUCAUGUGGAAUUGGCAACUUGGGUUCAAAUGACAUCUAACUAAAGUAUUCUCUUUUCCUGAGCAGUGUCAACUCCUGGAUCAGUAGAAAGGGUUGUUAUAGCAUUCUGUGUUACAUCCUGUUCUAUAUAUUAAGAAUAGAUUGUGUGUAUAACAUGUAAUUCAGUAGAUGGUACUGAAACUGGAAACGAAAUUGUUUGUUAAUGGUUUGGGAAGAUACAUUUUCUGGUUUGACUCAGUAUUGUCUGCUAUACAUGUGUUUUAUAUUUUACAAUAUUUCACUAUUAUAAUUACAUUGUAUGUGAUCUUAAAAUGUUAAAUAAAUGCAACCAUUAAUUCAUAUAUCUUUGAGUAAGCACUAAAAUAUGUGAUUGUAAGUUGUUAUGAUAUUGAAAUUGUAUGGUUUUUUUAACGAUGAGACAUACAGAGGGUUGUUUACAGUUAAAAAGAUAUAUAAUUGCAUUAAUUAAUCAGCACAGAGGACGAUGGACAGUGUCAGAUUGUGCAGUGUUCAGUUUGGCCUGGCUCCAUUUCCACAGUGAUCUUUGUUGUAAAACGUCAGAGUUGUUAUUAAUAAUCUUCAGUUGACAGUCAUUAUGCUAAGACCACUUUGAGAAACAGGUCCCUGGUAAUUGUUGUCUGUAUUGCAGUGUUAUGUGUAUGAAGUAUAGAUGUGUUUCUGUCAUUUUGUAUUUUUAGAAUUUUUUAUCUGAAGUGGAGAACAACUUUUUAUCUUUUGGUGUACUAUUUGACUGAUUUACAUUCUAGUCAAGUGAUUAUGAAUAAUAAAUAAUUCAUGUGUAUGUAUGUAUAUAUUUAUAUCUAACCAUCUAUAUAAUUAUUCUUGUCAGUUAUGAUAGCACAAACCACCAUUCAUUUUAGCUUCUUGUACAUGAGAUCACAUGAUUUCAAAUAUGAUAGUUUCUUCCCAAUACUGAUGUCCAUUGCCAAAAUGUUUACAAAUAUAUUGUCAUAAUUUUUAUGAAACAUUUAUUGAUUUUUACUUUACGUGAUUCUCUCUGUGAUACAGUAUCUUUUAUACUGGAAGAAAGUGAAUCUUUAACCAGGUUAUAAUAAACACGUGAUACAGAAA